AUGGAAGCUUCUAAUCUACAAAUCUACUGGCAUGAAUCUCAGCCUGUCUAUAGUUUAUGUUUUCAGCCAAACUACGAUACAUCAAACACGACAAAGAAAUUAUUCACUGCAGGUGGUGAUAAUAAAAUCAGAGCAUGGAAUUUGGAACUAAUAGAGAGUCCAAACCAAGGUAGUAAGCAAAUAAAAAAAGUUGAUACUAUUGACUUUUUAUCUUCUUUACAACAGCAUGAGCAAGCGGUUAAUGUUGUGCGGUUCAAUUCUGAUGGUACAGUUCUUGCAUCCGCAGGAGAUGAUGGUCAAAUUAUUCUAUGGAAAAGAAAUGAUGCUGAGGCUAAACCAGUACCAUCUACAUUUGGGGCAAGUGAGAGCGAUGGUGAGUUUAAGGAAUCAUGGUUUGUUUGGAAAAGGCUCAAGUCCUCAUCGAACUCAGAGAUUUAUGAUUUAUCAUGGUCUCCUAAUGAUAAGUAUGUUGUUUGUGGUUGUAUGGAUAAUUGCAUUCGUAUUUUUAAUAUCGAAACAGCUCAAUGUGUUUCCAAUAUAAGAGAUCAUAAUCACUAUGUUCAAGGUGUUACUUGGGAUCCAUUAAAUGAAUAUAUACUAUCACAGUCAGCUGAUAGGUCAGUAAAUAUCUAUGAAAUCAUCUUCAACAACACUAAAGAUGAAAUUAAUGGCUUGAAAUUGAAAAAUAGGAUAGUGAAAGGCGAAUUACCCAAAAGAGGAUUGAACAGCGAUGGAACUAAAACACUUGACUUAUCCUCAAUGAAAUCGUCUUACCUAUUCCAUAAUGAGACAUUACCAUCUUUUUUCAGAAGACUAACGUUAUCUCCAUGUGGGAACCUUCUUUGCAUCCCCGCAGGUAUUUUCAAGACAAGUGAGAAUGCUUUGCCUGCAGGCUCAUCAAAGGAAAGUGGUAGUGGUAUGAACAACCCUGAGGUGAGCAAUUCAGUAUACAUAUAUACAAGGGGAGCACUUAAACAAAAUAAUGGAAUAAAACCAGCAAUCGCUUUACCAUAUUUGGGCAAAGCAGCUAUAGUAGUGUCGUUCAAUCCAAAUUUUUACCAGUCAACAGAGGAUAAGAAAGCUUACAUUGAUGUACCAUACAAGUUGGUAUUUGCAAUUGCUACUUCAAAUGAGGUGCUCAUAUAUGACACAGAAUCCAUAGAACCUAUUUCUAUAGUAGGAAACCUUCACUACACACCGUUAACUGAUCUAAGCUGGUCUCAAGACGGUGCGAUGCUUAUGGUUUCCUCCACAGAUGGGUUUUGCUCAUACAUUUCAGUAGAUUCCGAACUAUUUGGCAUUAAGUUAUCAGAAGAGAAAAGAAAAGAGUACCUGAAUAAUGGCCUGAAGUCUUCAAAUGAUAGCUUAGAGGACAGCACCUAUAAGGAAGGGAAACUGUCUACAACAGAAAAUACCACAAGGACUGAUAUCGUCAACAUUCUCCCUGUCAAGAGGAAAAAUCCUAGUAAUGCACAAGACACUUCUUCCCCAUCUUCUGUCAAUACAAACUUAGAAAAGAGCACUCUAGAAAAUGAUGAUGGGAAGGUGGAAGAAGGUUCGCCAGCAAAUGCAAAAAAGAGGAUACAGCCCACUUUGAUAACACUAUAG